UGCUGCUGAUCGCGCUGGUCGCGCUAUCGUCGAUCAAGACGGCGUGGAGUGUUAACUGUUCGAUCGAAAGCUUCGAGUACGCGCCGGGUACCCCGGAAGAGUUUUGUUUGUUGAACGGCCUGAAGACGGAUGUGGCUGCGGCAGGAGACAAGCAAACGGAUCCAUCGGUUACUCGCGUGGCCAUUGUCGAGCCAUCGCUGAAACGCUUAACAGCAGCAUUCUACGAACGAUUCCCACGGAUAGAACAUUUGGUAGUGCGAGAUAGCGACCUGGAGCAGCUGCACAUCGCCGGCAAUGUCCGCAUCAUCGAUGCCUCAGGAAAUAAGAUUAAAUCGGUCACCGUUCAAGGUGGUGGGGCUCUGCGGGAGCUAAACUUGCGCAACAAUCCGAUCAGAGAUAUUACUCCCAUCAGCGGCUUGGUAGGCUUGACCAAGCUGAAUCUAGGAGACACGUUGAUGGCCAAAGAGCAUGCCUUCGAAUUUAACGACCUGACCCGUCUUACCAACCUUUCCGAACUGUACCUCGACGGAAUGGAUCUCUACUACCUGGACAAUACAAAGAAAAAGCCCUUGCCGAAUCUACGAGUGCUUGACUUGUCGCGAAACUCCUUCACUCCAUCGAACUUUCAACUGGAUUUGUUCCGCAGUAUGCCCAAGCUUGAGGAGCUUCUCCUGCGCCACUGUCUGUUCUCUGACCUGACCGUACACACGGAGGAGUUGCGGACAAAUUUUCCGUCCCUGAAGAAGAUCUACCUCGAAGGAAAUCAGUUACAAUGUCCCAUUUUCAGCAAACUGCUGGAUCUCCUGAAAGAGAAAGGUAUUGAGCCCGUAGAACCUGAGCAGCCCGAAGAGUGUAAGCAGGGAUUCACUCUCAUCUCUCAGAUGUGCUGUGUGUCUUUUAAUGCUCCUGUAAUAACGGAAAAAAACACCACCACCAACACUACCACUAACCCGCCUCCUAUCACAAAACCUACUCCAAGUCCAACGAAUGCUCCAACUCCUAAGACGGCAGACACGACACCGCACCCGCCCGCAGGCGGUAGCUCUCCGUCGUCGUCAACAAAUUGGGGGCUAAUUUUCGGUUCCAUCGUUGGUGCGAUCGUCGUCAUAGCAGGGGUGGUGCUCGGUGUAAUUUUCGUCAAAAAAAGGAAAACCGAAGGCAUGCAGGCCGUUCCACGAAACGAUCCAAAGGAUAUCAUUGAAAUGUAAUUACAGCAACGGAUGUUCGUUAUCAACUGCCACCACAAACUGUCCGCGAUUACCUCAUAACCGCAACAGGCAAUGACUAUCUGCCUUACGCUGCCGCGACCACAAUCUUUCCGCGAAGAACCAUGCAUCAUUAAUGUAUCGUGCGCUCUAACUAUGAACCAUUGCUUGUAAGCAACCGAUGCCAAAUACGAUACGAGGCGUCGUCAUUCGUGGCGUCCUAAGUUAAGUUUCCGUUGAUAAAUUGCACGAUGUUGAGCUGCGAAGGUGUAAUAAAAGCACUAUUGUAAUGACCACUUUAACGACA